AUGGAAAUACGCGUGCAGCAUGGCCUGAACGAACGGCCUGAGCCCUCCUCUCCCGGACUUCACCCUCAGUCCCCAUUUUUGUCCUUCACACCCGUUCGUAGUGUCUACCCUUCCCUGACGCUGAAGGCCGUCAUUCUACAUGCUUACGACGAUCAAAACGGCGCAUUGUUUGAUUCCUUCGUGGACUGUGAGACUGCUCUGAGUGUUCAAUGCACAGAGACGAGUCACGCACGGUUGUAUGACACGCGCCUCGGAUGA